UCGGGUCUCGCUCGCCGUAUGUCGGUCAUCUCCAUCGCCACUAUAAAUAGCGAGAUCCCUCGUUCUUUGCUUGCACCUGGCAGUUCCGUUUCUUGUUUGGAUCCAAACCCAAGUGGUCUUCCAAUGGCAGCCUUCCGGGAGGUUUUCUCUCGGCGGUUCGCCUCCCUCCUCCGCGCUUGCGCCGGUGGUGGCGGUGCUGGCAGCCUUUCCAUACUCGGCCGAUACCCCUUCCUCCAGAAGCGGCCCCUUUUCCAGCCAGCGCUGCCGCCCUACGUUCCCCCGAUGAUCCUCCAGGACGAUCGGAUCGCGGAGCGGAUCCGAGGUCUUAGCCCGUACAGGUCCCCCCUCGACGUGAUCCUGCCGCCGGCGCCGACGCCGACGCCGGAACUGAAAGAGGAGAAAAUGGAGAAAAAGAGUGUGUCUUUGGAGGAGGCGAAGAAGGUAAUAAGGGCGUCGCAGGUGGCGUCCGUACGUUCGCGGCUGCUGACGGCGGGUGAGAGCUGCAUCUCUUAUUCCGACUUUGUACGGAUCUGCUCCGAAGCGACGAAUAGCGAGCAGGGGCUGAAGAUUGCCCGAUCGCUCGAUGAGUCCGGCCUUGUGUUAGUUUUUGGCAACGUCGUAUUCCUGAAGCCCGAAGAGGUCACCCAAACAGUUGAGAACAUGAUCCCAUCAUCUUUAAGCUAUCAGAAUGAUAGAAUGAGAGAGGAAUUGAAGAAGAUGGAAGAGAAGAAACUUGAGAUUGAAAAAAAAGCAGCAGCUCUAGUAAGGAAGGAGUUGUGGCUUGGGUUGGGUUUCAUGUUGGCACAAACUGCUGGACUGAUGCGGUUGACAUUCUGGGAGCUUUCAUGGGAUGUGAUGGAGCCAAUCUGCUUCUAUCUCACCUCCUUCUACUUUUUGGCCGGCUAUUCCUUCUUCCUCAGGACCUCUAAGGAACCCUGCUUUGAGAGCUUCUUUGCAAGCCGCCUUGCCACCAAGCAAAGAUCCCUUAUGGAAGAGCAUAAGUUCAACCUCACUCGCUUCAACGAGCUUUGCCAAAUUUUCGGUCAACCCCUUCCUCCAACUGCUAACCAAAAUUUUACCUCUGCUUCCUAUUGCCAUUGCACGGGAAGAAGAUCAUUAGUAGGUUCCUCUCAGUGAUGUAGUUAUAUUUGAAUUCUGUUGAGCAAUUAAUUCUAGCUAAGCAAAGAAAUGUGUUCUACAAUUUUCAGCAAAGGAAAAAAACAAUCAUAAACAAUUUUUUACCAUGACAA